AGACGCUGGUGUGGCGCGGUCCUACGUGGCCUGGAGCCCUGGAGUGCGCGGGCUUCCUGGCCGGCCUGGGCCUGGACGUCACCGUCAUGGUGCGCUCGGUCGUGCUGCGCGGCUUCGACCAGGACCUGGCCGACAGGCUGAGCGCCUACAUGGAGCAGCACGGCGUCACCUUCCUGCGCAAGUUCGUCCCCGCCCAGAUCCAGCAGCUGGAGAAAGGGGCGCCAGGAAAGCUGAAAGUGGUGGCUAAGUCCACGGAGGGGCCGGAAACCAUCAGCGGCGUGUACAACACGGUGAGCUCUGUUCUUUGUCUGUCUGUCUGUCUGUUUCAGCGUUAAGCGAUGGAAAACGCC